AUGUUCCUCUUCCAGACUGCCUUGUCGGUAUUCCCAGCUAAUGGACCUUUUUGUUCUCUUUGGACUGUGUGUCUUCUCAUUUCUUCACUGGGUCAGCAAGGAGUCCAGGCCUUUUUGUGCAGUAAUGGAGUCCCAUUGUCUUCUGACCAUGUGUGUGACUUCACAGACCAUUGUGGGGACAACAGCGAUGAGGAACAAUGCCAGAGCUAUGAAAGGUGUGACUUUGAGGAUGGGCUCUGCGGCAUGACACAAGAUCAGAGUCCACUGCCUUGGGAAAGAAGAAGUGGGGUGGUUGGUCCUUCACCUCCCUUCUGGGACCACAAUGGCAACAUAUCUGCACAUUUUCUCACAUUGGCCUCCAGAGUGAAUUCCAUCUCCUCAAACCUAAGAAGCAGAAUUUUCCUUCCAACUAAUGAACAGCAAGUUUGUCAGAUUACAUUUUAUGACUUCUUCAGUCACCGGAAUGACAAAUUGAUAGCAGGCCUUCAAACCACAUGUGACAGUCCAAUCCAGCAUGUAUGGCAGAAAACAGAGGUACUCCAGAGUCAGUGGGAGAGAAAUGUCAUCACAAUCCGGAGCUCACAGCAGUUCCAGGUUGUUUUUCAAGCUCACAUGCUUGCCACUCACGGACAAGAGGAAGUUAUAGCUGUGGAUGAUAUAUCUUUCAGUUCAGGUUGUUUGCUGGCAGAUGUGUGCCAGACCUGCGGAUUUGACUUUGACAUGUGUGCCUGGGUAACUGAGGCACCUGCUGAGCAAACUUCUUGGAUAUGCACAAAAGCAAGUGAGGUCCCUUCACUGGACUCUGCACCCCGGCAGGAUCAAAGUGGCAAUGAUGAAGGUUACAUGGUGUGGCUAAGGGACAAUCAUACUUCCACUUUUAGUCCUAUAGAGAGCAGUGCAUAUUUAAACAGCUCGGUAUAUCACUGCCUGGACAGGAACUGCCAUCUUCAGUUCUAUUACACUAUGGAAAACAGUGUCCUGAGAGUGAGACUGUACACUAAUACGGAAGAAAAAAUGACUUGGACAUUCAAUACAUCAACUCACAACACAUGGGCGAAGGCAGAUGUAUUAAUACCAGAAGGUCUGGAGAUAUUUAAGGUUGUUUUUGAAGGCACAGUUUUGAGACAGAGAAGCUUUAUUGGGCUUGAUCAGCUGUUGGUCUACACUUGUGGACAGACCCAUUCCCAACAGCUUUGUUCUAUAGAUGAGUACACUUGUACAAGUGGCCAGUGCCUUACCCACUCUUCAGUGUGCAAGUCUGGAAAGGACUGCUCUAAUGGGAAUGAUAAAGACUCAAAGGCUUCUGCAAGGCACCUCACCUGGGACUUCGAGUCUGGCUUCUGUGGCUGGGAACCAUUUCUCACAGGAGACUCCCACUGGGAGGUGGGGGAAGGGCUGAGCCUUGGAGAACACCAAUUUCCUGAGGCUGGUGGCACAGAGAGCAAAAACCAUGGAUCAUUUAUUUAUUUUGCACCCAAACAAUCUACUGGGCUGGCCAGGCUUGGAAGUCCUAUCCUUAGCAAAUCACUUACUGCCUCUACUCCAUGCCAGGUUCUGUUUUGGUAUCAUUUAUCUGAGCACUCUAGUCUCUCUGUUUUUACAAGAACAUCAUUAAAGGGCAGUUUGCUAAAGCAGGGUGAAGUGACCAGGUUCCCUGAAACUCAGUGGAGACAAGCAAAGGUCGAUCUCCAUGCAGAUGCUGAAGAGUCUACUUUUCCUUUCCAGUUAAUUUUAGAAGCUGCUGUUUUGUCAUCAAAUGCUACUGUUGCUGUAGAUGACAUCAGUAUAUCCCAGGAAUGUGAAAUUUCCUAUAAGUCACUUCAAAGUACCAGCUUACAAAACAAAGUUGCUGAUUGUGACUUUGAAGCAAACAGCUGUGGGUGGUUUGAAGCUAGUGACGGUGACCAUUUUGACUGGGUAUGGAGCUCCCAAAGCAGUCUUUCUGCUGAUUUUGAGCAACAAGCCCCACCUGGAGAUCACACUCAUGGUACAGCUCGAGGGCGUUUCAUGUUCAUUUUGAAGAACAGCAGCAGCUUGUUUCAAACUGCUAAACUUCGGAGCCCCACAUUCAGCCAGACAGGGCCUGGGUGCACACUGUCUUUCUGGUUUUAUAACUAUGGACUGUCAGUGGGGGCAGCUGAGUUGCAGCUACAUCUAGAAUAUUCCAAGGAUACCACAGCCCUCUGGAGAGUGUUAUAUAACCAAGGCCACCAGUGGUCAGAGGCAACUGUCCAGCUAGGACGCCUCACUCAGCCCUUCUACCUGUCACUAGAGAAAGUCAGUCUGGCAGUUUAUAGUGGGGUGUCUGCUCUUGAUGACAUUCAUUUUGAAAACUGUGCUCUUCCUCCUCCUGUUGAGAGUUGUGAUGAGCCAGAUCACUUCUGGUGUAGACAGACCAAGGCUUGUGUGGGAAGGCAUCAGCUCUGUGACCUGGUGGAUGAUUGUGGAGAUCGCACAGAUGAGAUUGGCUGUGCACCUGAACUACAGUGUGACUUUGAAAAUGGAAUUUGUAACUGGGAGCAAAGUAGGGAAGAUGACUUUGACUGGACCAGGAACCAGGGUCCUACUUCAACCCUGAAUACAGGCCCGAUGAAGGAUAACACACUGGGCACCGCCAAAGGACAUUACCUCUACAUAGAAACAUCAGGGCCACAGGAUUUUCAAGACAAAGCUAUUUUACUCAGCCCGAUCCUUAACGCCACUGAAGCAAGUAGCUGCACCUUCCGCCUGUACUACCACAUGUUUGGAAAGCAUAUUUAUCAGCUGGCUGUCUACCAGAGAAUCUGGAGCAAUUCCAGGGGACAGCUGCUGUGGCAGAUAUUUGGGGAUCAAGGCGACAGAUGGAUAAGGAAACACCUCCCCAUUUCCAGCAGGCAGCCCUUUCAGAUCUUGAUAGUGGCUUCAGUUGGAGAUGGCUUCACUGGAGAUAUUGCAAUUGAUGACCUGUCAUUCAUGGAUUGUACCCUGUACCCAGGUGAUUUGCCGAUAGACAUUCCAAGUCCACCAGAACCCUCAGUUCCAGUGACCUUGCCUCCACACAACUGCACAGAUGAUGAAUUUGUCUGUAGAUCUAAUGGUCACUGUGUUGGAAAGAUUCAGCAAUGUGACUUCAGAUAUGACUGCCCUGACAAAUCAGAUGAGUCAUCUUGUGUUCUGGAAGUUUGUACAUUUGAAAAGAGAAACCUAUGUAAAUGGUACCAGCCGAAUCCAGCAAAUUUACUCCAUGACUCAAAUACAUUCAGGUGGGGACUCGGUAACGGGAUAAGUAUUCAUCAUGGGGAAGAAAACCACAGACCAUCAGUGGAUCACACAAAAAAUGCCACAGAUGGUUGGUACCUGUAUGCUGAUAGUUCAAAUGGGAAGUUUGGUGACCUGGCUGAUAUUCUCACUCCCGUCAUCUCACUCAUGGGACCGAGGUGUACCUUGGUGUUCUGGACAUAUAUGAACGGAGCCACAGUAGGUUCUCUCCAGGUACUCAUCAAAAAGGGCAAUGCUACCUCCAAAGUGUGGGCUCAGAGUGGCCAGCAAGGCCCACAGUGGAAGAAAGUGGAAGUAUUCUUAGGCAUCCACUCAUAUGCAGAGAUUGUCUUUAGGGCAAAACGUGGUAUCAGCUACAUAGGAGAUGUGGCAGUAGAUGACAUUUCCUUUCAAGACUGUGCCCCAUUGCUUAACACAAACAGAAAGUGCACUGCCGAUGAGUUCAUGUGUGCAAACAAGCACUGCAUUUUAAAGGACAAGCUGUGUGACUUUGUGAAUGACUGUGCAGAUAAUUCAGAUGAGUCCAUGUUCAUCUGUGGUACCUCUAGUGGGCGCUGUGACUUCGAAUUUGACCUUUGUGCCUGGGAGCAGGAUCAGGAUGAGGACAUUGACUGGAAUCUGAAAGCUAGCGACAUCCCAGCUACGAGUACAGAGCCAGCUGUGGACCAUACCCUUGGGAAUUCUUCUGGUCAUUACAUUCUUCUCAAAAGCUUUUUCCCACAGCAGCCCAUGAAAGCAGCCAGAAUUUCAAGCCCAGUUAUAAGCAGGAGAAGCAAAGACUGGCCAAUCAUGUUUAGUUAUCACAUGCAUGGCACUGGCAUUGGGGCCCUCAUCUUGCUCCAGGUGACAGUCACGAACCACACAAAGGUACUCCUCAAUCUCACUGAAGAACAGGGCAAUUUCUGGCAGAGAAAAGAAUUAUCAUUGUCUAGUGAUGAAGACUUUCAACUCAAAUUUGAAGGCAGAGUUGGGGAAGGCUACCCUGGUAAUAUUGCCCUCGAUGACAUUAUACUUACAAAGAGCUGCCUGCCAUCUCACUUCUCCACAAGGGAAGAAUCGGCUCUUCCCCUUCCAACAGGUUUUUGCCCACAUGGCUAUGAGGAAUGUCAGAAUGGCAGAUGCUACAGUCCAGAGCAAAGCUGCAAUUUUGCAGAUGACUGUGGGGAUAACACUGAUGAAAAUGAGUGUGGUAGCUCCUGCACUUUUGAGAAAGGUUGGUGUGGCUGGAAGAACUCCCUAGCUGAAAAUUCAGAUUGGGUUUCAGGAAUUGGCUCUCAUAAAAGCCAACGACCCCCAAAAGACCACACACUUGGAAAUGAACAUGGUCACUUCAUGUAUCUAGAGGCCACCCCAGUGGGCCUUCGAGGUGACAAAGCCCACUUGAAGAGUGCCAUUUGGCAAGAAUCCAGCACAGCCUGCACUAUGAGCUUCUGGUACUUCAUAUCUAAAAAAGCCACAGGGGCCAUUCAGAUCCUCAUUAAGACAGACAAAGGACUGUCAGAAGUAUGGCAACAAAGCACGCCAAACCCUGAUAAUCAGUGGCAAAAGGCCACCAUCCUGCUGGGAAAAUUGAGGAAUUUUGAGAUCAUCUUUCAAGGCAUCAGAACAAAGGAUCUAGGAGGUGGAGCUGCAAUUGAUGAUAUUGAAUUCAAGAACUGCACAACUGUUGGAGAAACCACUGAGACUUGCUCAGAAGUCACAGAUUUUUUGUGCCAGGACAAGAAGUGCAUUGCAUCUCACCUUGUUUGUGACUACAAGUCGGACUGCUCUGACAGGUCUGAUGAAGCUCAUUGUGGAUAUUACAUAAGCACAGCAGGAAGCUGUAAUUUUGAAACAUCAGGAGACUGGACUGUAAGCUGUGGUCUGACCCAAGAUCCUGAAGAUGACCUGGAUUGGGCCAUUGGCAGUAUGAUUCCUGCAGAAGCCUUGAGCGAAGAUUCUGAUCACACACCAGGUAGUGGUCGGAAUUUCCUAUAUGUCAACUCUUCUGUCUCCAAACAAGGGACUAGUGCAAGAAUUACUACCUCUCAGUUCUUCCCUGCAAGCCUUGGGAUAUGUACUGUUCGGUUCUGGUUCUACAUAGCGGAUCUGAAGAUGAUGGGGAUAUUAAAGGUGUAUAUCAUUGAGGAAUCGGGACUAAACAUCCUUAUGUGGUCCAUGAUGCAAAAUAAAAACACUGGAUGGACCUACGCACAUGUACCUCUCUCUAGUAACAGUCCAUUCAAGGUGGCAUUUGAGGCUGACUUGGGUGAAAAGGAAGACAUCUUUAUUGCUCUUGAUGACAUCACUUUUACCCCUGAGUGUGCUUCUGGAGGUCCGACCUUACCUCAGCCAUCAUUGUGUGAAGAAGACCAGUUUGCUUGCAUCUACACAGUCCAGUGUGUCCCUGCCUCAGAGAAGUGUGAUGGAAAGGAAGAUUGUAUAGAUGGAUCUGAUGAAAUAGAUUGCUCUCCCAGGCCCUCUCCUCAGCUCUGUAGUAAUGCAGAAUUCCAGUGCUCUGAAAGCCAGUGUAUCCCAUCUCUUCUCUUAUGUGAUGGAGUUGCUGACUGCUACUUUAAUGAAGAUGAAUCCAGCUGUGCCAACCAGAGCUGCCCCAGUGGAGCUUUGAUGUGUAACUCUUCCGGCAGCUGUACCCCAGCUCACCAACGCUGUGAUGGUGUUACCCACUGUGAGCACUUCCAACUCGAUGAGUCCAGCUGCUCAGAGUGUCCAAUACAUUACUGCAGAAAUGGUGGGACUUGUGUGGUAGAGAAGAUUGGUCCUGUAUGUAGGUGCAGACAAGGAUGGGCAGGAAAUCGAUGCCACAUCAGGUCUAACCCUUCUAGUGCAGGAUUCGUGUACACACAGAAUUACAUAUGGACUCUACUGGGUAUCGGAUUCGGGUUCCUGGUGACCCAUAUUGCAGUGGCCAUUUUGUGUUGCCUUGCAAACAGAAGAGGACCUGUGAGGAAAUCUGACGGGGUUGGCAACUGUGCCUUUGUCAAUCCAGUUUAUGGGAAUUGCAUCAAACCAGAGAAAACAGAGAGUUCCAUCUAUUCUUUCUCAAAUCCAUUUUAUGGUGCAACACCAGGAAGCCUGGAAACGGUGUCUCAUCAUCUCAAACCAUAACAUCAAACCAUGUUUCAUCCAAUACGUGUUUAUAGAAAAUUUCUUUCACUAAAUUGAUCCUAUAUGAUGUAAUAAGGAAAAUAUUCAAAUUUAGUAUGAUUACAACAUACUGAAGCAGAGCUACUUGAAGAUUAUUUUUAUGUUACAUGGAAUCACAGACAGAUGCUUGUCUCCAAUGUAUUUCUGAGUACUUCAAUAAAAUAUUCUGCCUAAUCAA